CACACACAGAAUUUAAUGCAAACUAUCCAUGAAUAAACACUGCAUUAUACGGUGCUUGGCCUGAGACUAGGAAUAGUACUGUUUUGGAAAAAGGUGGUCUUAAAGAAUUUUUCAGACAGAGCACGGAAAACAAAAAGACAGUCCUCCAUCAUGGCUACCUACUGGGAGCGGCAGGAGGAGGAGUUCCUCGCUAAACUAGACGAGACGCUGGACCGCACCCGAGACGAAGCGCAGAACAGCAGUGCUGAUCAUUCACGCGGCAAGAUGGCUUCUAGCAGUACAGUUGGACAACUACCUGCCCCAGGAAUAUCCGCCAGCAAUUCCGUUUCAAGCGGGCAAUCCACCGCAGCCUCGUCGUCCGACCCAGAGUCAUCGAUAUUAAAAGAGGCGGAAACAGUACUAGCAAAUACGGGGACAGCUACACCUGCUGUCACAGGGGCUGCACCCACAUCGACUACAGACAUCUCACCAUCAAUAAAUGCGGGCGACAAGAUGAAGAUCCUUCUCGACAGCAAGAAUUUGUCAUCGGCAAAAAUGAUCUCUGGAAGCAGUAGCAGUACCGCUUCUCGGGGCAGCAAGGUGUUUCAGAAGUUCAUCGACCGGCUGCAGAGGGUCAUCGAGAAAAAGCAGCCGGGGUUUUCACUGUCCAAAUUCCUAGACGGAACCGUGAUGAACCAAGACUCCUUCGCUUUUCUUGUGGAAGAAAUGUAGGAUUUCUUUACGUAGUGCUGCAGUCGUAUUUUUUCAAAUGUGCCAGUACAAUUUUUUAGAAUAGUACGCAUAGGGAAGAUGAUCUUGUUCGCGUAUGGUGCCAGAUUGAUGAAAAAUCUCUAUUUAGUUGAAACGCAUGAAGAUCGAAAUUGACUCAGAUUCGCGAUUGACCCGGCAAGUGAAUUUGGACACACAAGCCAGGAGCUUUUCGAGCAGGCUUUGGAGGCACAGGGCGUGAAGGAUAGCAAGCUCGACCUGGUGCAGCUGCUACAGGACUUCGAGGACUGAUGCAGUAUCUUUACAUGGGAAGAGAAACGCAGAAGCUACGAGCACACUACAUGAGAUGCCUAUCAUUUCCCAUAAAGUUUUAAUUUGUACACAUUUAUUCAAAUUCAAUGUUGACGAGGUAGAAAGACCACCUACUUCUACCAUAGCGCCACACAAAGCACUGUAAAUCAAAUGAAACAGAAAAAGCGUCAGAAAUAAAUCUCCACUCCCAUGCGACGAGGAGUGCGGGCAAGCACAAGAGACAUAAGAAAACCUCCGAAAAUCAUCUGUUGACACUGUUUUUGGGCGACUGGAAGUACAUCGAAAGACUGUGUUUUAUUACACAUGAUGAGCAAGAACGCAAAAUGUUAUCACAUGGUGCAACGACAUAUUCAUCACUUACCAAAUGCGGAACUCUUCAAUGCGACGUUGUUGCACUGGACGUCGCACAAGAAGUGUGGAACUUCUGAU